AUGGACAGAGAGACGGACGGACAGAGAGACGGACAGAGAGACAGAGAGACGGACGGACAGAGAGACGGACAGACAGACGGACAGAGAGACAUGUCCAUGGUUGCCACCUUCAGAUCUGCCAGAUACGUCAUCGUGGCCACUCCCCCCGGGCUGAUCCUCAAGAUGCACUUUAACCCGGAGCUGCCCCCCCUCAGGAACCAGCUGAUCUACAGGGUCCCCAUGGGCUCCGUCAUCAAAUGCAUGGUCUACUACAAGGAGAACUUCUGGAGGAAAAAGGGUUACUGCGGUACCAUGGUGAUCGAGGAGGAGGGGGCUCCUAUCGGCCUGACUCUGGACGACACUAAGCCUGAUGGGACGGUUCCUGCUAUCAUGGGAUUCAUCCUGGCCCGGAAGUGCAGGAAGCUGGCAGGUCUGACCAAAGAGGAGAGGCUGAAGAGGAUCUGUGAGAUCUACUCCAGAGUUCUGGGCUCCCAGGAGGCUCUCCAUCCGGUGCACUACGAGGAGAAGAACUGGUGUGAGGAGGAGUACUCUGGAGGCUGCUACACGGCUUAUUUCCCUCCUGGAACCCUGACCCAGUUUGGCCGGUAG